UGCACUUUGUCCAGAAAUUUCCUGCGACUCCUGCAUAGUGUAUCUACCCUAACGAGAGAAAUUACACAAACCUUAAGUCCUGAACUUGCGUAGGUGCGUAGGAAAAGGAUCUAUGUUUUUUUGCGCCUCGUUGUAGUGCCUUGGCUGUAACGCGUCAAUGAUGGGAUGGGAUCUAACGUUCACGCAUGCUGCCGAGUUGGUCGUCUGCCAAAGCGAUGAGUGCCAAGAUAUCAACGUGGCACGUCACACGUUCAGCUGUUGACUUGUUUUCGUCCCGCUGCGCCGAAAUAUGGUUUCCCUGGUACAUACUGUGGACACAGCACACAGUGACAUGGUGCAUGAUGCACAAACAGAUUACUAUGGAACACGGCUAGCAACAUGCUCCUCGGACAAAUCUGUGAAGGUGUUUGAUUUGAAAAAUGGAACACAGAAGUUGAUAGCUGUGUUGACAGGGCAUGAAGGUCCUGUUUGGCAAGUAGCUUGGGCCCACCCUAUGUUUGGCACAGUCCUAGCAUCAUGCUCGUAUGACCGCAAGAUCAUGGUAUGGAUGGAUAUCGGUGGCACUUGGGAUAAGAUCUAUGAAUAUGGAGAUCACGAUUCAUCAGUAAAUUCGAUAUCUUGGGCACCACACGAGUUUGGACUCAUGCUGGCGUGUGGCAGUUCAGACGGAGCAGUGUCAGUUCUUUCAAUGAGUGGAGGUGGCCAGUGGAAUGCCAAAAAGAUCAACAAUGCACACGCGAUCGGAUGCAAUGCUGUGAGUUGGGCUCCGGCUAUAACGCAGCCCUUUAUCCCGGAAAGUGACGGUUCUCCCGGCACCCCCGGGAUUGCCAUGAACCCCGGAACGGUGAAGCAGUUUGUGACGGGUGGAUGCGAUAAUCUAGUCAAGAUUUGGAAAUACAUGGAACUAGAAAACGAAUGGGUUGAAGAGCAGAAACUGGAAGCCCAUUCCGAUUGGGUGCGCGACGUAGCAUGGGCGCCAUCUGUGGGGACAUCGAGAAGCACCAUCGCAAGUUGCUCUCAGGACUGUCGAGUCAUACUGUGGACGUGUGACAGUGGCUCUUGGAGCUAUAACGUCUUGGGGACGUUCGCUGAUGUCAUCUGGCUUGUCAGUUGGAACCUUACGGGAAACAUACUGGCAGUUUCUGGUGGCGACAAUAAUGUGACGCUAUGGAAAGAAGGAACAGAGGGUCAGUGGAUGUGCAUCAGCGACACAGAAAAAGACGAAGUGGACAUCCCCGAGAACGUUGGUGUCUAACGAUGUCCUCAGAAGUCAUGACUUUCAUCAUUACAUCCUGACGGUACCAUUGACUGCCACUCACGAGUACAGGAAGAAGGUUCCAAGAGUGCUUUUCACAGCAUCCGUAAUAUUUGUGUGUUUUACGAUGAUAUGGCAGCAACUAAGAUGAAAAACAAUGGAACCACCAUGUUUGCUUUUCAUCUCGGCUGUUGCCAUUCAGUCUUGCCCACUAAACCAUUCUCACACGAUGAUGAUGACGAUGAUGGUGAUGAUGAUGAUGCCUUUUAUGCCGAGACCCACAUUUCUUGUAUACAGAAGUGAAAUGAAAAUACUAGAGAUAAAUUCGCCGAUAUGGUGUCUUGUGACGUACCUGAUGAACACAUCCCGAUGGUUUUAAACGUGUACUUCACUCCCACAAAAAACAUAUCAUUUGCACAAUAUGAAAAAUCAAAAAAAUAUACAAAAAUAUGCAAAAUAUGUUCUAUUUUGUUGCAUGGAGUUUUAUGUUGUAUCACAUUCUAUUUCAUGUUCAGUCAUAUUCAUAAUGCAUAUUUUGGCAGUUGCCCAAUUUCGUGGCAUCAAUCGACGACCAUUCAGGCUUUUUUUAGUGGUCUCUAAUUUUAAUAUGCAGUGUUUUGCUUGGAUGUUUGGGAAUAGGGCUAUGCAGAGUACAGCAUGUUACUCGAUGAUUCCUGCGCUCCUUCCUUUCGAAGAUAAAUGGAUCAUACGUUAGAGAUGCAGUAAUCUUGUCAUUGUCGAGUUUUAAGAGACAAUUUACCUCAAAACAUCAACACUGCCUAAUGUCAUAUGCGUGAAUGACCAGGGUUACAUACAAUGAAUAUGUUUUACCUUACAUAGUUUAUUUUUCUGCAGCAUGCUGUUCAGGAUUGACGUUUUCGCACACUUUCUGUGUUGUAAAAAAACAUGCCUUGUAUUAACUGUUUAAUGAAUGAUGGGCAGAUGUGCAGUUUUUUACCUUUCACACAUGCAAUGUCAUUUGUGAAGACAUCCGUAUAAUCAUAUGAUAUCAACCUCGUUAACAGGACACUCGGUCUAUCUUGUGAUGCCUUUUUUCCCCCACUUUGCAGCUUAAAAUGGAAAGUAGAGCCCCGGGAAAUGGGGAUACACUAUCUCAUUGUUGUUGUUGAAAACCAACCUUGUUGCGUACAUCAAAAAUAUUUUUAUACAAGUGUGAGAUACACUUGCAUUUUAUGUAUUUGCACAACAAGAAAUAUUCAUAAUAAAUAUUUUUAUUGCUUCA